AGGUCGUUUAACCAGUCUUCUGAAUAACUCGAGCCGACCAGAUAUUGUCAAGAGAGAUUGUCACGUGGCCAUCAGUUGCCCAAUCAUUAAGCUGCAAGCAGUCGGGCGGGCGGGACCAGUGGUAUAAUAUAUUCGCUGACUGCAGGUAUCUACUCUUGCCGGUUGUGUCAAGCCGAUAACAGUCUGUCAAGCAAGUGGUGGAUUUCAAUUUCAUUCAGGGACAAGUUGCUACUCCUGCUUCUCCAAAAUGUCGCAUUCUUCGGUUACAGAGAAGAGAACGACGAUAACUUCGUCAUCCAGUAAUUAUAACGAUGAACCAUCGUCGACUGCUUACUACAAGUCGGAUAUUAAACCCCGUGCCACCACAAUUCACCGUUCAUCUUACUCCCCAGCCAGAUCUGGAUAUACCCGUACCGUUGAGAUGUCCUCGGGGUUCAUGCCCUCUGCUGGCCCCGGGGGAUACGCCAACAUUUCGUCAUCUGGGGUCAAGAAUGUGCAAACUACCCGCCAGCGAGAAAAGAAGGAUAUGCGAGAUUUGAACGAGAGGUUUGCUAAUUACAUUGAAAAGGUGAGAUUUUUGGAAGCUCAAAACAAGAAACUAGCCUCCGAAUUAGAAGAACUAAAAUCAAAAUGGGGAAAGGAAACAAGCGCCAUCAAACAAAUGUACGGUGCCGAGUUGGAGGAAGCACGGAAGUUGAUUGAUGAUACAAAUAAAGAGAAGUCCCGUCUGGAAUUAAGAGUCAGUACUAUAACUGAGCAACUGGAUGACCUAAUAAGACAAUUUGAAGAAGCCAAGAAGUGGAGAUCUCAGGACCGUGACCUUAUCAACAAACUCAACCAACAAAUCUCAGAGUUAGAAGCGGAAGUUCGUAUGCUUAGAAGAUCAAACGAAUCAUUGGAAACAGAACGAGCCCGUGAUAAGAGCAUUAUCCAGAGAUUAAAUGAUGAACUUGAAAAACUUAGAAUUGCCGUCAAUGAAGAAACUCUGGGACGUCUUGAGGCUGAGAACCGACGUCAAACUCUUGAAGAAGAGAUUGAAUUUAUGAAGAGUGUCCACGAACAGGAAUUGAAAGAGCUUGCUGCCCUUGCUUACAGGGAUACCACAGCUGAAAACCGAGAAUUCUGGAAGAACGAAUUAUCUCAAGCUAUCCGAGAUAUCCAGAAUGAGUAUGAUUCCAAAGUUGACUCUAUCCGAGGCGACAUGGAAGCUUACUACAACCUUAAGGUUCAAGAAUAUCGAACUGGAGCCGCUAAGCAGAAUAUGGAAGUUUCAACAUCCAGGGAGGAAGUCAAGAAAUACAGCAAACAAUUAUCUGAUUCCAGAAGUCGAUUGGCUGAUCUCGAAGCCCGAAAUGCUCAAUUGGAAAAACAAUAUCAAGAUCUUAUGGCUCAGUUCGACCAAAGUGAACAAUCACACACACUAGAGGUUAGUGAACUCAAGAAUGAAUUGACAACACUAAGAUCGGAGAUGGAAGGUAUCCUACAAGAAUUGCAGACACUUAUGGAUGCCAAGCUUUCCUUGGAAUUGGAAAUCGCUGCAUACAGGAAACUGCUGGAGGGUGAAGAGAACAGGGAUGAAACUUGGAACACCAUUGAAGGGCCAACUCAAUCGAAAGAGGUAAGCGGAACAGAAACUUCCCGAUAUAGUGUUCGAGGCAAGCUCAAUGAGUUCUAUGACGAGCGAGGUGGGCGUGGAGGCGAAAGUGGCUAUUACGAAGAAAGAAGCGGUAGUAGUUCCGGACGUGGAGGCGGUGGAAGCUACGAAGAACAUCACAGCAGCAGCCGUGGUGGUCAUGAUGAUGAUAGAAGCACUAAAAGUGGCGACGAUGAUGACUCUAACCUGGGUAUGAAGAUGAUGCGAGGUGAAGUCUCCGCUAAAACUACCUACCAGAGAACCCAGAAUGGACCAAUCGCCAUUGCCGAUGUAAACCCUGAAGGGAAGUACAUUAUGUUAGAAAAUACAUCUACUGGUUCCAACCGACGGGAUGUAAAUCUAGAUGGUUAUACACUGAAAAGAACUGUUGACAAUGAUAUCGCCAACCCUCAAAUUUUCAAAAUAAGGAAUUUAGUCCUAAAACCAAGCAUGUCCGUUAAGGUUUACGCUCGUUCUGCUGUUGGUGAAGCUAGCCAAUUUGAUCUUGUAUUUAAAGAUAGUGAGAUAUGGAGACAAGGAGCUCAAGUUAAAACUCAACUUCUUAAUGAGAACAAAGAGGAGAAGGCUUGUCACAACCAGAAGACUCUCUACACAUAAGUUUACCAAUGCCAUUCCAUGCCUAACUGUGGGCACGCCUAUAGUUCGGCAGCUUUUGUAAACGGCAGACAAAAAGCACAUAAUUGUUAUAAUAAUAUAUAGCGUUAUUUAGUAACUCGUAGGCGACAUUUUAGUUAACACAUUUAUUUAUACCUACAUCGUCUAUUCCUUUUAGUAGACAGAAAUUAGUGAACAACACGUUCUGUAAGCGUUGGCAAACUGAUUCUUCUUUUUGUCCCCAAUGAGCUUUCAUAGCAGGGAAGAAUUAACCAGAUACAGCCCGUGUGCCAAUUAUGGGUCAGUUUACUCUAAGGAAUUAUCGGCGAAUGAUUCUUAUUUCAGUUGGUGCUACAGUAAAUAGUUACAUGUAUUAACACGCCGUGUAGUAUUUACUUAUAAUCGUUCCAUAAUUGCGAUGGUUGUGAAGGACUGCAUAUGUUAAGCAAAAGCUAUGGAGGACUAUCAAUGUAGAUUAAAAUUCUAACAUCGUGUUUUAAACGAAACAACGAAUUAUACCCAUUAGUAUUUUUUGAGAAAACAUAUAUUCAAUUCCAUGUAACAAUGGAAAAAAUCAUAUACUUAAAGCAAAUAAGAUUUUGUCAGGAAGCAAAAAUAAAUUUGUGAUUUUUGAUGCAUUUGUAGUCCUACCAUUGUCAGAAAAGAGAAAGUACUCGUAUGUUAUAUUUACCGAAAUACUAUGAAUAUAAUAUUAAUUAAUAUCAUUGAUAGCUCCGUUAUUUGCUAUAGAUGUAUAUGCUUAUUGUUCAUUGUAUGUUAAAUUACUAUAAACUUUUGUUACUAUUGAAAGUCACUGGUCUGGGUAGGAAGCCAAUCACAAAAUCACAGAACAUGACACUGUUCUUUGAUUUUGUGUUUUCUAGAUGAUAUUAAAAUGAUUUUUUUUAUGCUUUCAUAUAAAUACAACUUUCUAUAUUUCAUAUUGUACAUCUUUUUUCAUGUAUGUGACUCGUUUGUUAUUUUGUCAUCAUGGCAGCAUUCACACAGAAAGAGAAAGCAUUGGGUUUUGAAGGGCUGAGUCCCUGUAGAGAUCUUGUGACAUCUAUUAUAAAUAGCCGAAUACGAUUCUCGGUAUUACAUUAAAUAAGGAAGAUUUGAAACGAGUGAAUCUUCCAUGAAAAGAAAGACUGUUAAAAGGGACACAACUCCUACUUUACUCUGUCGUUUUGAUACACAGACUUAAUAUCAUAAACAUGGCCCAAUUUUCGUAACAAACGAUCUAAGAAUGGGAUUUUUUCCCCUUUGCAUCAUUUGCAAACAGUAGUUGCUUUGAUAUGCCUUAUUUAUAAAGAGUUAUGCCCGGCGCCAUAACAUAGAAUAAUAUAUUUAGGAGAUAGAUCUUAUUUCUGGUAGGAUAGUGUAAUAUAUCCAAUUCUUUUAUUAAGUUUAUAAAUUUUAUUACUCUAUCACUGCUGAAUAUAUUUUAUUAUUACUUUCUAGCAAUUAUGUUUUGUUUUUUCCCACUAUAUUUUAAGGACAAUUUUAAGAUUGAUUUUUUUAAGGAAUUAUCCAGUUUCUUAUUGAAUAUCUUGCCAUAAUUCGCUCUUCCUGUAAUUAUGGUUGAAAAAUUAUGUUUAAAAGAAACGUUUUUAUUUAUACAUUAAGCCUGUUUACUAUAUUUUUUUUCAAAUGCUUUAAUAUAUUAGAAUUUUUUUAUAUUAUAUUGUAAAUUCGUUUACAUUCCAAAUAUGUUUUUAAGGCAAACAUUUGAUGGGAACAUAAGGGUUUUUGUCUAUAAACUUGAAAGCUAUAAUUGUGGUGUAUGGAGCGAAAAAAUAACAAAAAAAAUCCUAUUUUAGUGCCGUAACCGACCACCAUUUAGGUGGGUCUGUUUCUCCAUAUGAUUUUACAUUACACUAUUUUAGCUGUAGGCUUAAAUAUGGGAAUAUCGACUUCGUUUAAUCUCCAAAUAACCCUAGUAGAGCUGUUUGUUAUACCAACAUUUCGUAUAUUUGUUAUGGCCAUACCAUAUUUUGUACAUGUCAAUUUGUUUCGAUUUUUCUUAAAGCAACAGUUAUAAUACUUUGUACUGGAUCUGUAUUGUGAUGAUGCUUGUGAAGCAUAAUAAAUAUCCAUUCCAUGUCUCACAAAAAUCA